AGCAAAAUGGCAACCAAAGCCUUACAAUUCAACUUUAUAAAACAGGAGGUCCGUCCCAAUACCAUUGCCGAUGUCAAAGUAGAUGCAUCUUUUCGUCGAAUACCAAAGAAUGCAAUCUGCUUUCAUGUCUGGAAAAUUGAUGAAGAUCGUUUGGAAGCGGAACCGAAAGCUCAGUAUGGAACAUUUGUCGAUGAUUGUGCUUAUAUUAUUUAUGCUGCAGCACCGGUCGGAUCAUUUGUCAAUCAGGAUACAAUUACUCGCGAAGUGAAACCUUCUGUUAGCUUAGAACGUUUUAUACACUUUUGGCUGGGCGAAAAAGUUUCCGAACAAAAACGUUCCAAUGUGGCGCAUAAAAUACAAGAGCUGGACUCUUAUUUCAAUAAUGUUGCAGUCGAAUAUCGCGAAACGCAGGGCAAUGAGAGUGCCAGAUUUUUGUCCUAUUUCAAAAAGGGUAUUACCAUAAAAUGCGGUCAACAUUUAAAUUCCGCCGAACCAAAUCGUUUGUAUCAGGUCUAUGGCCGUAAAUGGCUGCGUUGUGUUGAAAUGCCAACAAUAUCGUGGGAACAUUUCGGGGCCGACUAUGUUAUGCUGCUCUCAACGGCAAAUCAUUUAUAUGUCUGGAUCGGCCGCUCGUCGUCCAAUGUCGAACGUCGUAAUGCCAUCGAUUUGGCAAGUAAAUGGCAAAAGGACAGCACCCAACUGACCAUUGUCGAUGAUGGUUACGAACAAUCUAUGCCGGAGAAGAGGAAAAAUGAAUGGAACACCUUUCUGCCUCUCUCACAGAGAUCGGUGUGUCAGAACUCUCCGAUACCCGAGAAACCCGUCUGCAAUAAAUUGAAAAUCUACAAAUGUUGCUAUCGCAAUAAUCGCCUUCACUUGGAUCAGCUGGAUGUGGUGAUACCGACACGUGAAGAUUUUAGUGAUUCCACAACGGCCUAUGUUUUGGACGGUUUUGCUCAGGGUAUUUGGUUGUGGGUGGGCAGCCAGGCUUCGCAGCAGGAUAAAACCAAUGCCAUGGGUAAUGGCAGGGCAUUUGUUAAGAAGAAAAAAUAUCCAUACAGCACACCGGUUAUUCGUGUCAUUGAGGGCCAUGAACCGGCGGAAUUUAUGCGCCUCUUUCCCUCUUGGCAUGGUGAUUGUAAUGAUAUGCCACUGAAACCCACUUCCACAAUUUUGGGUAAAUUCGAUUCAAUGACUCUGUGUCAGAGACCCAAAAUGGCUGCCGAAACCCAAUUAAUCGAUGAUGGUUCCGGAGAACGUAAAAUCUUUCGCAUUACCAAAGAUCAGGUCAUUGAAAUGCCAACGACGAAGGCGGUCUAUUUUACCACACUGAAUUCCUAUGUUGUCCAGUACACGGUGGUGAGCUGGUCAAUGAAUCCGAAUGACAGUGAAAGUGUUGGCAUAAAACAAAUCAUCUAUCAAUGGAAUGGAUCCGAGGCCUCAGCGGACAUUACAAAUAAAGCGGAGAAAUUUGCCAAAAAUCUGUUCGAUACCGCCAGUCAGAAAACCAUGUUUGUGCAAAUGAGCGAAUACGAUGAGACCCCACAUUUUCUACAGAUGUUCGAGGGUAAAUUAAUUAUACUGCUCAGUGAGAGGAGUCUACCACACAACAACAACAACAAUCACAUAAUUUCCAAUGGUCACGAUUCAGAAUCUUUGGUCCUCAAAGUAUUCGGAGAUGCUACCUACAAUGCCAAAGCUGUUGAAGUUUUCCCCCUAACCUCAAUGUCCGCCAAAGAAUGUUUUGUCGUGAAAUCCCAACAUGUCUGGGUGUGGUGCGGACAAUCGUCGACCGGUGAUGCCCGUGAAUUGGCAAAGAAUAUCGGUGCUCUAUUGGGUGAAAGUUCCUUGGUAUUGGAGGGUAAAGAACCCAAAGAAUUUUGGCGUUCGGUGACAAAUCUAAUGAACCAAAGUCUUAUUAUGAGCGGCAUGAAUCAUUCGGCAAAUUCCAGCAGUAGUAAUGGUAGUUCCAGUAUUGGUACUGCAUCACCCAUCAAUUCGAAUGGUAGCAGCUGUGGUGGUUCGACAUAUCUCGGGUCAUGCUCACCGCCCAACACAAAACCUCGCUUCCAGGCUCAACUGUUUGCCGUUUGGAAUUUACGCAAUAAAUUCUUUUCCGAAGAGAUUUUGGGUUAUGACCAGGGAGAUCUAUCGCCCGAGUGUAUGUAUAUCCUGGAUGCUGGUAUUAUAACCUAUGUGUGGUUGGGAAAAUAUCUAAGCUGCCACGAGAAGGCGAAAUAUAUGAGCAUGGCUCAAAACUAUUUGGAAACGGUGCCAAUUGCCCGCCGACCCACCACCGCCAUUGGGGUGAUACAUCAAUGCGAUGAGCCGAAUGUUUUCAAGGGGUUCUUUGAUUCAUGGAAUACCGGGAUGUGGAAUAAUUACAUCAACUAUGAACAGAAACGUCAAAUGGUGUCGUCAGGUUCCUCGGUCCUUACAAAUGGCAGUGCCGCUUUGCCUGCGAAUGGUGAAAAUGGCAAAUUGCCACCUUCGAUUUUGAAUAACCAAAAAGAUUUCGAUCGUCAUCAAAAAUAUCCAAUUGUUAUGCUGCAACAGGAAAUCGAUUUACUACCCGAGGAGGUCAAUCCCCUGAAGAGAGAGGUCCACUUAACCCACGAUGACUUCGUAUCCCUGUUCAAUAUGUCCUUCUAUGAAUUUGAUGAAUUACCCGCAUGGAAACAACAGGAAUUGAAAAAGAAACAUAAACUAUUUUGAAACAAA